GCACAUCGCGGCCGUGUUUGGCAAUUUGGACGCAUUGAACAGCGUGGUGGAGGCGACCGCGUGGCCGAACGGCCGGCCGAUGGCGCUGCAGGGUCCAGCCCCGAGCAGCGCGUGCUCCAAGGGGGACAUCGACGGCGUCCUGUUCGCGGGGUUCCAGGGGGCCGCGGAGAGGGGCGCCGCUGUGGACCUCUCCCGCGCGGCGGGUCUCCAGCCAGCGCGCUGCCUGGAGCGGCUGCUCAGAUACGAAUGGCGGACCCAGUGCCGCGUGAAGUUAUCCGACGAGGCUCCGUGCCUGCUCGCAGUGGUGGGCGGGGAGUUGGCGACGGUCCGCGUUGGCGACAGCGCCCUGCGAUGUGAAUGGCGCGGCGUUUGGAGGACAUGGGAGGAGCUGCGCAACAACCAGGCAGCGCAGGACCUUAUCCAGAUGAGCACGGACGUGCUGUCCCUUGCUGGCUGGGGCGCGAAUCGCUCGAGGGUGCAG